UAGAACUGUGUUGUUCAUAUGCCUUUCUUCAAAAUGAGAAUUAUGUAUGAGUUUUCAAAAUUUAGUUGAGACAAUAGUCCUAUAAGUUUACAACGGUUGGUUGUGAGAAUUUUUGGAACAGCAAAGAAAAGUAUUGAAAAACAAUGAUUUCGUCAAUUUCAUGGGUACCAAAAGGAGUAUCAAAACCAGUUAUCUACAUGACCAAAGCCAUGAAGGACGUCCUCAGGGAAUUUUAUGGUGAUGAGGAUCCAUAUCUCAGCAAAGAUAAAGAUGAAUAUGAUUAUGAUUAUGAGGAACUUUGCAAUCCCAUUUAUCCAACGGAUUCUCUCAUUGUUUGUGCACGGCCAAAGGUAGAAGGUAGUGAUAGUUUUGGUAUUCUUGAGGUUUUGACACUUAAUCCCCAUGACAUCCGAAAUUCAGCAUCGCCGCUUUAUCACCAUGACAUCCGAAUUCCAGUAUUGCCGCAUAAUCAUCAUGAAAUCCUAAUUUCAGCAUUGCCGCUUUGCUCAGCUUGGCUUGAUUGUCCCCUUCAAGGAGGAGAGAGAGGGAACUUCUUAGCUGUUGGUUCAAUGGAACCUAAUAUUGGAAUUUUUAACAUUGACGUUAUUCAAGGGGAUGGAAGGGGAGAGCCAUGUAUGGUGUUGGGUAGCACUGAAGAUGAUGGGCACAGUGACGCAGUACUUGGUCUUGCAUGGAACAAAGAGUACAGGAAUAUAAUUGCAAGUGCGAGUGUUGACAAGCAAGUGAAGAUUUGGGAUGUUGUCAGUGGGAAGUGUGAAAUUACAAUGACGGAUCACUCAGACAAGGUUCAAGCUGUUGCUUGGAAUCUCCAUUCACCGCGGCUUCUUCUUAGUGGUUCGUUUGAUGGUACUGUUUUUCUGAAGGACGGGAGGAUGCCAUCAAACGAUGGUUGUGAGUGGAAACUCAAUGCUAAAGUAAAGAGCUUGGCAUGGGAUCCACACUCUGAGCACUCUUUUGUGGCGAGUCUUGCAAAUGGUACUGUUAGAUUGAUUGAUGUUCGGACUGCCAAGUCAGAUUCCGGAUCUGAGUUCAAUGCUAAUGAACACGGCAAAGCUGUUACAUCAGUAUCCUACAAUCCGUCAGCUCCUAAUCUUCUCGCCACUGGAUCGGAGGACGAAACGGUAAAGCUUUGGGAUUUGUCACACAACCAACCUUCUUGUGUGGCCUCUUAUUCUCCACAAGUAGGGCCUGUCUUUUGUAUUUCAUUCUCGGAAGAGGACCCUUUUUUUUUGGCUAUAGGAGGCUCAAAGGGAAAUUUACGAAUAUGGAACCUUCACCGGGAUUCUGGAAUUUCUCAAAGAUAUGGGAAUUACAUGAAGUAAUUGAACUGUGGGUCAGAUACCUGUUGAAUUUUUUAGCAAUGCUGAAUGGAAAAGAAAGAUCAAAAGAAAAGAAAAAAAAAAGAGAAAUUUUAUGGAACCCUUAUCAUUUGUAUGGCUCAGAACCCUUGAUACGUUGCUCAUUAACAUUAUAGGCUUAUGCCACGUUAGUUUUCUUUUUCCUUUAAGUCUAUAACUAUAUGAUGUACACUUUUGUGUCCUUUUUACUUCUUCCAAUUUUGCUUUCUUAAUUAUUCUUUGUU